GUGAAACGACAGGUGUUUAGCGCCCUCUCCUCGCGUCCCACCACCCCUCAAACUCCCUCAAAAGUUAACGAUAGGCCAAACAACUUUUAGCUAUCAAAGUUUGUUUAUACGCAUUUUUUAUUAUAAAAAUACGUACAAUUUCUUAAGACUAUGGUGUAAAAACUGAAAUUUGUAACGAUUAAGCGUGAUUGUGUUGUAUUUUGCUGUGUAAAUAUUGGAUUGUGAAUAUUUGUACUGAAAACCUGUGAUAAAAAGACGCUUAAAAAUGUCCGGUUCUAGUUCUUCAUCAAAUGUUUCGAGUCAAAAUACGCCGAAUAUGGCAUCAAUAAACGAUGUCAGUGCUUUAUUCCAGACAGCUAAGAAGUAUGAAGAGCUUAACGUCAUUGGCACAGGAGCCUACGGCACUGUCUACAAAGCCAGAGACCUCCACAAUGGUGGUCAGAUCGUAGCAAUGAAGAAAGUGAAGGUGGCCCUCACAGAGGACGGGAUCCCUCUCUCCACUCUGAGGGAGAUUGCCCUCCUCAGGCAGCUGGAGGCCUACCGGCAUCCUAAUAUUGUUCGGCUCCUAGACGUCUGCCACGGUGGUCAGUCCGUAGACCGAGAUCAGCAGCUGGUGCUAUUCCUGGUCUUUGAACAUGUGGAGCAGGACCUGGACUCCUAUUUGAAGAGAGCUCCCGGACCAUUGUCAGAGAACCGGAUCAGAAGCAUGUCAUACGACAUAUUAUCCGGCGUGGACUUCCUCCACUCACACCGCAUCGUCCACCGUGACCUGAAGCCCCACAACUUGCUGGUGACGAGCGCGGGCCGCGUCAAACUGGCGGACUUCGGGCUGGCCAAGACUUACGACGCCGACAUGAAGCUUACCAGCGUGGUGGUCACCCUCUGGUACCGUCCCCCGGAGGUGCUUUUAGGAGUCUCGUACAACACAGCGGUGGACGUGUGGUCAUCGGGCUGUGUGCUGGCUCAGCUGCACACCAGGGCACCCCUACUGCCUGGGACUUCUGACUCGCACCAACUGCAUUGCAUAUUCAGAUUGCUGGGCCGCCCAGCUAGACAAGAGUGGCCCCAGAAUGUUUCAAUACUCGUGGACAGCUUCCCUGAGUACCCGCCCAGAGACCUGGCCGACGUACUGCCCAGAGUCAACCCACACGCGCUCGACCUCAUCAAGCGCAUGUUAGUAUUCGAUCCCGCCAAGAGACUGACCGCACUAGAUUGCCUCGACCACCCGUACUUCACUGAGGAACCGUUGACGUAAGCAAUUAUACUAUAACAAUCUCUUUGGUUGUCUUAGAGCUCAAUGCAAACAGAGGCGGUAUGGCGGUCCGGGGCGGAAAUCAGGGGGGUUAAAAAGGCCACAUUGAAGCAUUUCGUCUAUAAAGAAAUACUGUAACUUGACAUUUGCGUAAUGUCAAAAAAUGUCCAAUAGAUGUUUUUAGAUGAAUUGCUUCAAUGUGGACUUUUUAACCCCCCAGGAUGUAUGUUAUUCAGCGCAUGUCGAAUUUAGCGGUGUAAAUCCCGAGCCUUAGAAUUAAAUUGGAAUUACAUAUACACAUACAUAAACUCACGCCUAUUUCCCAUCGGGGUAAGCAGAGACUACGGAAUUCUUUGCUUCCGAGAAGUGUGUCAACCCCGGAACGUUUAGCGUAUCGCCUCUGUGUGUGAGUUGUAGUUAGUAAUACGGUUGCGCCACACAGACCCCAGAAAUCGGAUCAAGCGAGCCGGGUUUCUUAUGAAAGCGAACAAAAUCCCGCAACGGCCCGCUUUUCCAAAUCUGUGUGCAGCAAUCAUUAUACAUGGUAAUGAUAAUAAGAUUCUACUGAGCCGAAAGUGAUAAAAUUUUUAAGGAUUCGAAUAUCGUGAUAAUAAAUUAUGAUGUUUUCGAGUAAGGGUUAUAUUGUUUGAUUGUUUUUUGUCUGUCUGUAUUAGGAAGUAAAUUUAUUAUGUUCAUUUCAUAAAUGGAGCACAGAAUUCGCUGCUCCACUGCUGGUUGGUGGAGUAACCAGACCCUAGUCAACAUCGAAAUGGUUGCUAAAUUGGCACGGGUAUCGAACCUAGGACCUCUGGGUUGGUGGUGAUUAGCCUUACAGGUAAAAAAUAAUAAUAUAAAUCGGCUCAAGUAGAUAAUUCCCACCAGCAUUUUCGUAAUAAUUCUAAGUUAGGUACCUACAUAAAUUGAUAAGUACAUUUUUUGUAUUUCAUUUUUAUUAAAUAAUUAUUUUGUUAAAAUGUUAUUAUUAAUAAGGACAUAAUCAGAAAUAAAUUGCAGUAUUUCAUAAAACAAUAAAAUAAUAAAGUAAUUUAGAAUGAAAAUUUGGAUUUGUUGAUUAUUUUUCAGUUUCAAUUUGUUUUAUUAUAAAAUUAAUUUCCUUAUUGAAUUAAUUAUAAUA